AUAAUGGGACUCAAUUUUCAAUUAUGUAAUCAUGUACUAAGUAGUGAAAGGAAUUUGCAUUAUCUCUUCUAUUUACUAUUCUACUUUGAAGUUAGCUGCACCAACAAAAAUGAGACACUGAUUUUGGUUCUUUCCAACUCAUCUUGCAGUCUUUUUGGUGCACUGCACAUGCAACUAUCCAAUGAGCUUUUGCUAUUUCCCUUGGAUUAACUGUAUUUGAGCAUUAGUGCUGCAAUUCUCUAUCAGACAUUUACAUUCCGUACCUAAAAUUGCAUUUGUCACUACCAUUGUUCAGCUCCUGUUUUCAAAUUCUCAUCAAAUCACGAAACUUCAGGGUGCAGAUAAUGAAUGUUGUGGACAAUUCACCUCUAGAUACAGAAAAUCUAUAUAUUUACUAAGAUGCCAACUAGAACUUUCUUUUUUGCUGCAAUUUGCUUCUCAUCUUAUAACUCACCUACCAUGUUUUCUCAUUUAAUUAUUUUUGAAAAGUUUCUAGUCAUAUGCCAUUGAGAAUAUCAUUAGUUUUGGACUUGCCAGUUGAAGGAACUGCUGUGGAAGAUGUCCAAUUGCAUCUAUUUACUACCUCAUCUGAAAGCUAAAAGCAGUUACAGAUGAGAAUUCUUUAAGAACUCGUACACUCUUAACAACCUGGAAGAAUAUCAUGUUACUAUAAAGACUUCAUCUCCUAUUUUGCUCUGUUCUGCAAAAGAAUAGGUUUCAUGCAUAUAAAGAUACCUGAUUUGGUAAAUCUGAUAGUUAUUAAUCUCACUAUUGUUAUCUGGCUACCAUUCAGGAACGCUACAGGUGAAACACCUCAAAAGAUCUCCCCUCGUGUUGUUUCCUCUGAAGUGGCUUCAAAGCCAUCUCCUCGUUCUGUUUCUUCAGAUGUGCCCCUAAAGCUCUCUCCUCGAGUUGUUCGCCAACUUAAGACAGCUAGCCUGGAUUCUGAUUCUGCUACAUCUUCUUGCCGAGCAAGUAGGACACCAAAAGAUAGAAGCUGUAAAGUAGCUGAGAGAAAAUCACCCCGAAGCCCAGUGCCUGAGUUGCAGAAGAAGCAUCCAAGUAGGGUUGCUGAGCUGGAAUUUCAGAUUUCUCAACUUCAGAAUGACCUAAAGAGAGUGAAGGAUCAGCUAAUUUCCUCGGAAGCAUGGAAGAAGCAAGCUGAGCAAGAUGCUGAAGAAUCAAAGAAGCAGCUCUUAGAAAUGUCUUUAAAGCUCGAAAAGUCACGGGAACAAGUUUUAAAGAAGUCUGGUUCUGAGGAAGCACUUUUAAUUCAGCCCCAGAAGAUCACUGAAGAUCAGGAUUCGCUAUUGCAGUCUCAGCUUGAGGCUAUAAAGAAGCAGCACUCACUUGACUCAGCUGCAUUGGCAUCUGCCGUGAAUGAGAUUAAGGAACUCAAGAUCCAGCUAGAAUCUGUAGCUGAAUCUGAGGCUGCCCGGACGAAGCACGCAGAACUGUCACAAAUUGAGCUUAAUAGCUUGAAGCAAAACCUGACAGAAACUCUUGCUGUCAUGGAAGACAUGAAAAAUGAGCUAAAAGACUGCAAAGAAUCAGAAGCUCAGGCUCGAGUACUUGUAGGUGAGACACUGAUGCAAUUGGAAACAGCGAAAAGGACCGUUGAGUGCCUCAGGUCUGACGGUGUUAAAGCUGUUGAGGCAUUUGAUUCAAUAGCUUCAGAAUUGGAGCAGUCAAGGGCUCGUGUAAACUUGUUGGAGGGGAUUGUCAGUGAACUGAAAGCUGACACCAAAAUUGUAGAUGGUUAUGGUUCCCAAACUGCAGGUGAUCAGGAAAUCACAUUUGGGACUGAAGAAAAAGCAAACCUUGGGAACUCAAAUGAAGCAGAACUAAAUUCUCUUAAAUCUGAAGUGGAACAACUAAAGUCUGCUCUAGAAGCAUCUGAGAUCCGAUACAGUGAAGAGCAAAGUCGAAAUGCUGCAGAGAUCAAAAGUGCUUAUAAAUUGGUUGAACAAAUUAAAUCUUCCUCCAUUGACAAAGAGGCUGAACUUGAAGCGGAGCUCCAGAAAACAAUAGCUGAAGUUGAAGAGUUGAAGGCAGAUCUUAUGGAUAAAGAAACUGAAUUGCAGGGUAUUUGUCAGGAGAAUGAGGAUCUGAAUCUGAGGCUAGAGAACUUCCUGUCUAGCCGCACUAGUUAUGAACUUGAAAAGGAGAUCCAGAAAGCAAUGGAAAGUAUUGAACACUUGAAGGCAAAUUUGAUGGAUAAAGAGACAGAACUGCAAAACAUUGUCGAAGAAAACGAAAUGUUGAAGACAGAGAUCAAGAAAAAGGAAAUUAACAAGGGGAAAGUGAAUGAUGAAAUUGUUGACGAACUUGAAUCUGCAAGAGCUGCAGAGCGUGAGGCUCUGAUGAAGCUGGGGUAUAUGACGGAGGAAGUCGACAAGAGUAACAGGAAGGUAGCACGAGUGUCUGAACAGCUGGAGGCAGCUCAAACUGCGAAUUCAGAGAUGGAAGCUGAGUUGAGAAGGUUCAAAGUGCAGUCUGACCAGUGGAGGAAGGCUGCAGAAGCAGCUGCUGCCAUGCUUUCAUCAGGAAACAACGGGAAGUUCAUGGACCGAACAGGAUCGAUGGACAGUAAGUAUAGUCCGAGGUCGGGGAGGAUUUCUUCACCUUAUUCUGAUGAUGGGGAUGAUGAUUUGCUGAAGAGGAAAAGUCCAAACAUGCUCAAGAAAAUUGGUGUCCUGUGGAGGAAGCCUCAGAAAUAGCAGCAUUGCGGGGCGUUUCUUGUUAACAAGUACUAGGAAUUGAAGCAGUAGCAUCUUUUGUAGUCUUGUUUGAACUAAUGUACGACCUAAAUUAGAUGAAAAAUCGAUUUCUUGACUCCAUGGAA